ACGAUUCCAUACAGGACCUCACCUCCCUACUCGCGUAGUCAUCGUCGUCGUCGUCCUCGUCCUCCCGACGUCUGGUGGUAUCGGACUUGCGUGGCGUGGAGGUCCUUCCGAACUUGGGAUCGAUUUGCUUGUCAGCGCCGAACCCUAGCUUUGCUUCGACGGCACCCACCUACGGUACGCCCGCGGCCCCAAGCAGUCAGGCGACACCGAAUAAUUUGGUUACAGAGACGAGCGGGUGCGCCGGCGAGAGGGCCCGAUUCUCACCGCGCCGGCGAUGGCGAGCAGCUCGUCUCCGUCACAGGUCAUCUGCGCCUCCUUCAAUCAGGACAACAGCAUGUUUUCUGUCGGGACCAAGGAUGGGUUCAAGAUCUUUGACGCUCGUAAUGGGAGGCUCUGCUACGAAAAGAGUCUUGGGGGAUUCAACAUUGUGGAAAUGCUAUUUGGCACAAACCUACUUGCCAUUGUCGGAACCGGUGAACAGCCUGCAAUGUCUCCUCGUCGUUUGUGCCUGUUCAAUACCAAAACAGGAGCAUCAAAGAGAGAUCUGAACUUUAAGACUUCAAUUUUGGCUGUUCGGUUAAGUAGGAAGAGGCUUGUUGUUGUAUUGCAGGAUAGGACUUUUGUUUAUGAUCUAAAUAGCACUACUAUAUUGGACGAAAUUGAAACGGUACCCAAUACAAAAGGUCUAUGCGCAUUUGCUCCUAAUUCUGAAGAGUGUUAUUUGGCUCUCCCAGCAAGCACAUCCAAAGGAUCUGCUUUAGUAUACAAAGCAUCAAAACCGGAAUUAAUAUGCCAGAUAGAUGCUCAUCUGGCUCCGUUAGCUGCAAUGGUUUUUUCUUUGAACGGCAUGUACCUGGCAACGGCUUCUGAAAAGGGUACCAUGAUUAGGGUGCAUCUUGUUGCACAAGCAACCAAGUCACAUAGCUUUCGGCGAGGAACAUACCCAUCGACAAUCUAUUCACUGGCAUUUAGUCCCUCUGUUGAUCUGCCUGACGUUCUUGUUGCCACAAGUUCAUCAGGAUCUUUGCACAUGUUUUUCCUUGAUGCUUCCAGGAACGCAAGGAGACAAGCAAAUACAUUGUUCAGCUCAGUGAUUCCUGGAUCUGUAACUGAUGCUUUGGAUCCAGCUAAUCAUCAUGUUAUUCACAAUGUUGUCACUGCAGACAUCAAGAGUUGUCUAGCAGUACACAGUGUUGAAAAUUCCCAAAAUUCUUCCAAAUUUCCCUCGCUGAAGACUGUUAUUUACAUUGUAACACACAAUGGAUACUUCCGAGAGUAUCUGAUCGGCACAACCAAGUCAAAUGAAUCUUCAUGGUUGUUGGAGCGUGAAUUUAAUCUCCUGGAUGCUUAUUCGGGUAGUCCCAAGCAGAACGAGCUGCACAUAGACUGACUUGUAAUGCUCGCUCCUCUGACCGGAACCUGAGCAUCUCCAACAGAAGUUCUAUAUUUGAGUCCUUAAAAUUAAAAUAUGACCUGAUUUAAAGUGUUUAGGGCUAUAAAACUGUUUGUAACUCCAACAAUUGAGUUCUAUAUCAUAUUAUUAGGAAAUAAAUCAUGUUAUUUAGGAAAUAAAAGAUUAAAAAUAGUGUAGAAAAUGAAGAUAUGGCUCUAGUAGAUGGGGUACUAUAUUUAAGACCCGGGAGACUGAGCCCUAUAACUGUUUGAUGAGUUUUUAUAAAAUAGGACCCCUGUUGGAGUAUGUUGGAGUAUGUUUCUGGUGUUAGGGUCCUAUAUUUCAAAAUAGGAUCCUAUUUAGGACUCUUGUUGGAGAUGCUCUAUAGGUGAUUAUAUCUUGGGCCUUGACUUAACCGGUCAUUGGGACUAACUUCAACUGUACAUAGUAUAGAGGUGUUCAUCACUGGUGGGAAUCUACAUGUUGCGGCUCGUGGCGCGUGUAAAUUAUCAUACAAGUGGACAGCAAGUUUGGUGCAAUGCAUAAAAAGCUUUCCUAAUUUUGAGUACGUUUCACUUUGAGCCAGUUACCCCACCCACCCAGAAAAAAACACCCUUCAUCACUUUUGAUCAUUUUGAUCACUUUGAACAAGUGUGUAAUUGUUUUACCGUUGUAACAAAAACAAGUCUUGUCUUCUUGCUAAUUACGCUUCAUCAGAUUGUCUUUAGUGAGGACUCCCUUCCAUAGGUACCACAAGAAGAUUUUAUUUUUGAGGGUACUUUUAACUUUUUAACUUUCA